AUGGCAGGCGCGGCGCCCUCCGCCUCCGCGCGCCAGAUACCCCACACGCACUUCAUCGAGCAGCUCCGGCGCGCCGCCCGCGCCCGCGACGGCGAGGCGCUCCACGCCUGGGCGCUCAAGUCGGGCGCCGCGUCGCACGCGCCCGUCUCCAACUCCCUCAUCACCUUCUACUCCUCCUCCCUCCCGCGUCCCCUCCUCGCCGCGGCGCUGGCCGUCUUCGCGGCCAUCCCGCCCGCCGCCCGCGACGCCGCCUCCUGGAACUCCCUGCUCAACCCGCUCUCCCACCACCACCCGCGCGCCGCGCUCUCCCACUUCCGCUCCAUGCUCUCCUCCUCCCCCGCCGUCCUCCCGUCCCCGCACUCCUUCGCCGCCGCCUUCACCGCCGCCGCCCGCGCGCGCUCCGCGUCCGCCGGGGCCGCCGCCCACGCUCUCGCCUGCAAGCUCCCCUCGGCCGCCUCCAACGUGUUCGUCUCCACCGCUCUGCUCAGCAUGUAUUGCAAGCUGGACCUCGUCCCCGACGCCCGGAGGGUGUUUGACGAAAUGCCGCUGCGGAACGAGUUCUCCUGGGCCGCCAUGGUGGCGGGCUACGCUGCCACAAAGUGCUCCCGGGAGGCCUUUGAGAUCUUCCAGCUGAUGCUCCGGGAGUGCCCGUCGCAGAAAAACGAGUUUGUGGCCACGGCGGUUCUUAGUGCCGUCAGUGUGCCGCUGGGCCUGCCGAUGGGGGCGCAGCUGCAUGGGUUGGCUGUCAAGGAUGGGCUGGUGGUGUUUGUGUCGGUUGAAAACUCGCUUGUCACGAUGUAUGCAAAGGCUGGGUGCAUGGAUGCGGCAUUCCAUGUGUUUGCGUCGUCCAAGGAGAGGAACUCCAUCACUUGGUCUGCGAUGAUCACCGGCUACGCGCAGAAUGGGAACGCGGAAAGCGCAUUUAGAAUGUUCUUGCAGAUGCUUGCUGCGGGGUUUUCACCAACUGAGUUCACUUUGGUUGGGGUGCUCAAUGCGUGUAGUGACGUGGGAGCAUUGAUGGAAGGAAAGCAGACACAUGGUUUGAUGCUGAAGCUUGGGUUUGAGGCACAGGUGUAUGUGAAGAGCGCAUUGGUUGACAUGUAUGCCAAAUGCGGCUGUAUUACUGAUGCAAAGGAAGGUUUUGAUCAAUUUCAUGAGCUUGACACUGUCCUUUGGACGGCUAUGGUUGCCGGGCAUGUGCAGAAUGGGGAGCACGAGGAAGCCUUGAAGCUGUAUGCCAGGAUGGACAAGGAGGGCAUCAUUCCGACUAACUUGACUAUAACUAGUGUUCUUAGAGCAUGUGCUGGCCUCGCAGCAUUGGAGCCAGGGAAGCAACUGCACACACAAAUCCUCAAGUUCGGGUUUGGUUUGGGGUCUUCUGUCGGAAGUGCCUUGUCCACAAUGUAUUCAAAGUGUGGAAACCUUGACGAUGGCAUGGUUGUAUUCAGAAGGAUGCCUCAUAAGGAUGUCAUUGCUUGGAACUCGAUCAUUUCUGGAUUUUCUCAAAAUGGACGUGGAAAUGAAGCACUUGACCUGUUUGAGGAGAUGAAGCUAGAGGGCACUGCUCCAGAUCAUAUAACAUUCAUUAAUGUGUUAUGUGCUUGUAGUCACAUGGGCCUAGUUGACAGAGGAUGGAUUUAUUUUAGGUCAAUGACCAAAGACUAUGGUUUAACUCCUAGGCUGGAUCAUUAUGCUUGCAUGGUUGAUAUUCUUAGCAGAGCAGGGAUGCUAAAUGAAGCAAAAGAUUUCAUAGAGUCCAUUAGUAUUGACCAUGGAACAUGCUUGUGGCGUAUAUUAUUGGGAGCAUGUCGCAGUAUACGGGAUUUUGAUGUCGGAGCAUAUGCAGGUGAGCAGCUGAUGGAGUUAGGUACUGGGGAUUCGUCUGCGUAUAUAUUGUUGUCAAACAUCUAUGCUGCCCAGAGAAAAUGGACUGAUGUUGAGCGGGUGAGGCAGUUGAUGAGAUCUCGGGGAGUUAGCAAAGAUCCAGGAUGCAGCUGGGUUGAGCUUAACAGCCGGAUUCAUGUGUUUGUUGUUGGGGAGCAGCAACAUCCUGAGGCGGAAAAUAUAAAUACAGAGUUGAGAAGGCUCGCUAAACACAUGAAGGACGAAGGGUACCGUCCAACAUCUAAAUUUUCAUGGGAUGAAGAACUGGAUACAUUGCGAGAAUCUCACGAAGAUCAUUUCGAGUUGAUAUCGGCAGUUUGUAGCUGACUUCUCAAAAGAUAAGAACAGUAACAAACGAGCAUAUCUAGGAAUAGAGGAUUACUAAGCAAUGCCUUUCCUUCCCAAGCAUGCGCUAUCAGUACCCAUGCUGGAAAUAGACGAUUCCUCCUCUGGUUAGUAUUCUUCUUUCAAUUUUUUUAUUUGGUUAUAUUUUUCCCUUUUUAGGAUCAGAUAUGUUGCCAGUUUUUUUUUCUUGGGACGCAUUUGUAGACAUAUCAGUUUGAGCUGCAGCAUUGCAA